CGCUUUUCCUCUCGCUAUUUUAGGUUAUUUUCUGUCUGUUGUACACAAUAUUUUUGCUUCGUUUAAACUAAGACUUUAAAUAAAAUAUUUAAUAAAUAUGGGAAAGGUCAUGUCAAUGGUGGCACGUAAAGUGAAUCGUUUUAAUGUAGAAAAUAGGGCACAUCGAAUAUUGGAACGUGACAAGCCGGUACCGGCACCAAAAUACGAGUCCAAUAUUCAGGACAUGCAGCGAGCUCUUGAAUUGGACCCCAAGCUGGUGGAAAAACUGAAUAUGAAAAACCAAGCGCUAGAUGAUCGAUUGAAAAGUGUUUAUGUAACUUCGGAGGAUAAAUUUAUUGACUAUGCUGCUCAACGUACAGAUUCCAGCAAAUCACUUCCAUUAAGUCGAAAAACUCCGCAGGAUUUUGAGUACGGCCACAGAGAACCAGCUACAGUGAGACCCGGUCGUUGUACACUACGGCAAGCAAUGCAAUUCAUUACUGAUCAUCAAAGCGACCCAGACUUAUGGACAAAAGAAAGAAUUGCUUCAGAUUACAAACUAAAGCAAGAAGUUGUUGAAAAUAUUCUUCACUAUUUUAAAAGCUUUAACGUGUACAUCCCAGAUAGAGGACAAAAAGAACGUAUUCUUUCGCAGGCGAGUAAGAAAUUAAUUGAAAAUAAAGGGAAAGAAGAGUAAUGUUAGUUGAUUUUUUUCCGUUAAUGUGUGAACGUGGUGCUACACCAUUUAGUGGGUUAUCGUUAAGUAGAAAUAAUUUCCACUAAAUUGUUAAUAUUUCGAA